CGCGAGGAGGAGGAUGGGCUUUAACGUGUGACAGGAACGGGAAGGCGGACAGGCGACCACCUAGCUGGCUCCCUCAGUUAUGGGAACUGGCUAGUUACAGCUGAGACAGCAAGCUGCUUGUGGAGGUUACUCGUAAAUUCAGCCAGAAGAGCUGGUCCAUGUGAUGUUCAGGAAAGACAGGAGAAUUUGGCACAAUAAAAAAAUCUGGAGCCAUGUGUGACUGAGUGUGGUUGUAGGUAACAAGUAGAUGUGAAAGCCACUGUGAGCUCUCAUCAAGGGCUGCAAAACUAGCCUUCCGGCCUUGGCUUGGACAGAACAAGGAAUCUGGGGGAAGCCUCCCUGUACCAGUGAGGAGGCAACGGCUUCGGUCCAAGGGAUGUGCCAUGGGCUACGACGUCACCAGGUUCCAGGGUGAGGUGGAUGAGGACCUGCUUUGCCCCAUCUGUAGCGGGGUCCUAGAAGAGCCAGUGCAGGCACCUCACUGCGAGCAUGCCUUCUGCAAUGCCUGCAUCACGCAGUGGUUCACGCAGCAGCAGAUCUGUCCUGUGGACCGCACCGUCGUCACGUUGGCCCAUCUGCGGCCCGUACCCCGCAUCAUGCGCAACAUGCUGUCCAAGUUGCAGAUCACCUGCGACAACGCCGGCUUCGGGUGCAAGGCUGUGGUACGGCUCGACCAGCUGCAGUCGCACCUCAAGGAUUGCGAGCACAACCCCAAGAGGCCCGUCACCUGCGAGGAGGGAUGUGGGCUUGAGAUGCCGAAAGACGAGCUGCCCAACCACAACUGCAUCAAGCACCUACUCAGCAUGGUGCAGCAGCAGCAGUCUAAGAUCGCAGAGCUGGAGAAGACAGCGGCUGAGCACAAGCUCCAGCUGGCAGAGCAGAAACGGGACAUCCAGCUGCUGAAGGCCUACAUGAGGGCUAUACGCAAUGCCAACCCCAACAUGCAGAACCUGGAGGAGACUAUAGAGUACAACGAGAUCCUAGAGUGGGUGAACUCGCUGCAGCCAGCCCGGGUGACGCGUUGGGGUGGAAUGAUCUCCACGCCGGACGCCGUGCUGCAGGCGGUGAUCAAGCGCUCGCUGAUCGACAGCGGUUGCCCGCUGUCCAUCGUCAACGACCUGAUCGAGAACGCCCACGAGCGCAGCUGGCCACAGGGCCUGGCAACGCUGGAGACGCGGCAGAUGAACCGGCGAUACUACGAGAACUAUGUGGCAAAGCGCAUCCCGGGCAAGCAGGCGGUGGUGGUGAUGGCCUGCGAGAACCAGCACAUGGGAGAGGACAUGAUCCUGGAGCCAGGCUUGGUCAUGAUCUUUGCCCACGGAGUGGAGGAGAUCCUAUAGGGCAGAGAGGAGGAAGGUUGGGGAGAGGCAGGUCAAGAACACAAUGCUUCUCUCCUUCCUCUCCCCAUCAAACAUUAACAGUCUCCCAGGUUCAGAUUUUCUGUGGAGGUCAGCCGAAUGAAGGAUGAGGGUGGCAACUGGACAGCACCGAUGGAAGAGCAACAUUCCCCCCUCAGCCAGUAAACGUUCAUAAAACUGGACUGAAUAUACAGCAAUGUCUCUAGUGUUUGUCUAUGCACAUGCAGUUUUAGUAAAUGUGAACCAGAGUAAUAUGACUGACAGUGAAACCUACACUAAAGCUUGAUCUGCUCUCUUUACCUCUCUAGAGCUGUCUCCAGCCACUGUCUACUCAGGCUUGCAGUACUUAUUUUUAUGACCUACUUCCAGUUACGUGGACAGGCUACAAUAAAGCAUUACAAUAAACGAUAAGGGAAUAAAUGCAUAGUACUGCUGUAUCCUCACAUGAUGUUCAAUAUAAUCAAAUAAGUCUCUUAUUCUGACGUUGUUUCUGAACACUAGUGCAGCAGUACCUCUGGAUGCUUUAAGCUAAAGGCUCAGGAGCUCUGUGUUCUCGGCUCGGCUCCACCGUAACACACAAACAGGCUGUUCACGGCUGGCAAACUGCAGGGCCUGCAAUGCAGCAGAAUGACAAGAGGAAGAGGCAAUGAAAAUGAGGAAAUCGCACAACAGUGUGACCUCUCUCUCCCCAGCCCAUUUUUAUUGACCCUGCCUGUGGUGAGGUCUACGUUAAACCAAUUUCUCAAGAGACCACUGGGAUUUUACCCACCUAGAACUGCCAGGUGGAAUUAUAUAGUAGUAAUUAUGAUCUCUUUUAUCUUUCCUUAUUUUUACCGCAAAUCAGACUCUCCCCCCAUGUGUAGUCCAAUAUUCUAUUUAUUUCAUAUCAGAAAACACUUGUUUAAACAGCAGAUGGAUAGUAUGAACAGGGUCCAUCCCCUCCAAGAGUGACUAUAGGGUGAAGAAGAUAGCAUUGCCACCUAUAGCCAUUUUGGAAUCUUUGUGUUGGAAAUGUGAAGCCUUUCAAAGAGAAGAUGUGAUUCUUGUUUUUUUCUUGUUCUCACCAAAGCUGUUGUGAAGGGUUUGGGAGAAUGGUCACUGCAUCUCUGUCUGCCACAGUUUGUCUGUCUGAGCCAACAUGAAGUCUCUCAACAUGUGAUGCAAGCCAAGUGGAAAAUGAGCCAAACCUAACAUGCCUUUUCCUCUGAGAUGAAGCACUUUCCCCAUUGUAAUCUAUGGUUAAAAUAGGGAAACCUGACAUUGAACUGAAUUGUUAGUAUGAAGUCUCUGGGAAUCUGGAACCGGUGGACCCACCCCCCACCUCAGUCAGUGCAGCGUAGGUGGUCUUUGUAUUGCCCCUCUCCCAAUUGUUCAUUAAAAUGUUAUGGCCAUUUGCCAUGCUAUAUUUUUUCAUGAACACUUUUCAAGGUUGAUUUUUGUGUAUGAAGUUGCUUUGUGUGCAGUUGAUUCAUCUUGCAGUAAACAAAGGUGUGUUUUUUUUCUUGGAUUUUUCCUUGCAGUUAAGAAGAAAUGGGUCAUGUUGCAACUGUUUGGAGUUCACUUGUAUAUCUUGACUCGCGUUGCUAUUCUCCAUUUUAUUUACAUCAACACUGAAUGAAGAGUUAUUCUUAAAGUAUAGUACAAAAAGCAUCCAACAGAAUUUCCCCAUCUAAACUAGGCUGGGAAUAAGUCUUAAAAUAUUGUUUUACAUUCAGUAAGGCCAUGCUGCAGUCAGUGUAGAUGUUCUCAACCUUUUUUGACCCAAUUGUUACCAUGCCAGCUCAGUCAUGGCAAUAAAUCCCAUAUAGGUUUAAAUUAAAGCUGUGAUCAAGCAUGCAGUGCACUCUGCAAUUUAUGCCAAUCAAUGCCUAUCGCACAAAUCUGAUUGGAUGUGCCAGUGAGUUUUAAGUAAAGCAUCUGGUUUGGUUUCUUGGAUUGGCUGAAUUUUGUGCUAAGCGUUUGCAGAUCAUUUUAUAUGAGUUAAUUCUAGGACUGGGGCUGGGCAAUCUGAUCGUGGAUCAGCAUAAGAGCUUGCUGGUUUUAAAAUAUUUACAUUUCCAACUCUGUCUGGCAACCCUUUCAGAACUUGUUGCGUGGGUUGAGAAUCACUGUUAUAGAGCAGAGGUCCCCAACUAUUUCCCCCAAGGGAAAAAUUCCAUCAGAAACUCUAAGCCAAUUCUACUAUAUCCAAAAAAAUUGCUGACUAGGGUAGGGGGAUGAUCACAUAGUCUAGAUUUGGUUAAAUUCCAGGUCAAGUAUGAUGAAUAACAGUUCUUGACGCGGAUAAAGCUUUGCUGUAUGGUACUGUGGGAGCAUCCUGUUUCUCAGUCUUAUCUCAAUUUGGACUGCCACAGGGGUUGCGGUAGUUGAUCAUAUUUUUUUUUCUUAGUGAAAACAUUCAUCGAUUAGUAAUAUGAGUAAGAUCCUGACAGUCGUACAACCUAAGAGACUUUAAAACAUUUGGCAUGUGCUGUCUGAUUAUACAUUCAGUGAAGUGCUUUUUGUUUCCUGAUGUUUCCCAGAAUUUGGAGUUCUGCCAUUGGAUAUAAUCUUCCGAUGGAUUUAGAUAUUGGCUCGGAAAUGAAAGAAACGGACUGUCAUGAGACUUGCGGAUCAUGUCCAUGCAUUUGAUUUGCCUUUGUGAUAAGUUAGGGAUACACUCAGACCGCCCCGUUCUGGUUUUGCUGUCAUGGUAGUUGCGUUUGGCAAGGCUGCUUUGGCAGUGACUGAAAGUUACAGCUGUGUGGGUGAUGUUCUUAUAUACCCUUAAUCAUUGUUCUUGUUGGUAUGCAAACCCAGAACAAUUUUCCUAUUGUCUCUAUUAAGUUUCGUAUAUACAUGUACCCAUUGUAGUGUGUGUGUGUGUGUUUGCUUGUUUGCUUUCCUUUGUUGUGUGUUUCCAGAGUUUCAGGUUCCAUGCAGAUUCUAACCAUACUUUAUCAUUUUUACCUAUAAAUUAAUCCUUUCAAAUGCCUUUCACAUGAAAGCAAUAAAUAUAUUGUUAGUGUAUGUGUGGGUUAGUUAAUGGGCAUUUUAUGGUUGUGUGCAUUGAAUUUUUCAUGUUUUAAACUGAUCGGUUGGCAGUUAUGUUUUUUAAAUUAAUAUAUAUUACUGUGUGAUGGUUUGUGCGACCUUGAGGUGGGGGAGGGAGGAAGAAGGCAUAGUUUUUGUCAUAAAGGAGCCCCUCUUUUUCACUGAAAUUUGACUUCUCCAAAUUUAGGGCUCGUAUUACACUGAUGUGUAGCUGAGCUGUCGUUACGUGUGAGGCAUCCAAAUGCCAAUGGAGAUGGUGGUGCACACUGGGUUGAACAUUAGAGAAUUUCAGGUAAAUAUUAUUUGGACCACAUUUGUCUGCAUUUUUUGGUAAAUUCCUACUUGUAAAUGUAAUAGAAUUAUGUUGAAAUAUAUCCUGACAUUAUGGCUAAAAAUGUGUUCCUUUUGUUUUUCUCGUUGGCAAGGGAAUUGUUUACAUGAGGACUGACUCCAUGUCAGAGUUAAUUCCCUAAUACAAAAGUUUUAAGAACUUUAUGGGAUGCAGUUGUGAUCAGAAGUUUUGGCAGAGAAAUAGCUCACAGAUCUGUUAAUACUGUACUGAUAUUACAUGAAGGUGAAAUAAUACACUACAGGUAAUUUGCUUUACCGUUACAGAUGUUCACUCAUACUGCAAACCACUGUUUUUUUUUUUUUUUUUAAUCUUUUAUUUUUCUUCAGUAUGGCUGUCUGUGUGUGUUUCUCUCCUUAUUCUGUUCCCCACACACAGAUUUAAUCCCUGGUUUGCCCUUUCUGCAAGCCCAUGCUGUUCCACAAAGGACUUCCAUUUUUGUCCAGGCUUUUGUUGUCUGUGAAACGAAAUGCACCUUUCUCUACCAGCUAGCCAUUGCUUAAUGACCCUCUGUAAGUUCUGUCACUUGUAUGAAAGUAGUACAUUGGUAAUUUGAAAACUGCAGUCACUUUGCUUUAUGUGUACAUACCGGCAGCAUGACUGACAUAAAGGCCUUUUUCGGCAUUUUCAAAAUGUUAGUUAAAAGAGCACUUAAGUAUUUACCAAAUUGUACGUUUAUUACAAAGCAGAUAGCACCUCAAAUAAAGUGUUUUAUACCUAAAA